ACCGGUACCGGAGAGCUGCCAUGGAGCGACUUGGGGUGGACGCUGUCUCCGACGACGCCAUGGACUCGUUCCUGGAAAAGUUCCAGAGCCAGCCUUACCGGGGCGGCUUCCACGAGGACCAGUGGGAGGAGGAAUUUGAAAAGAUCCCCCUAUUUAUGAAGAAAGCACCAUCAGAAAUUGAUCCGAAAGAGAAUCCUGACUUGGCUUGCCUCCAGUCAAUUAUUUUUGAUGACGAGCGAUCUGCAGAAGAACAGGCCAAGACCUAUAAAGAUGAGGGCAACGAUUACUUUAAAGAAAAAGACUAUAAGAAAGCUGUGAUUUCCUACACUGAAGGAUUAAAGAAGAAAUGUGCAGACCCUGAUUUGAAUGUUGUCCUUUAUACCAACCGGGCAGCAGCACAGUACUACCUAGGCAAUUUUCGUUCUGCUCUCCAUGAUGUGAUGACUGCCAGGAAGCUAAAACCCUGCCACCUCAAAGCAAUAGUAAGAGGGGCCUUAUGCCAUCUGGAACUGAAAAACUUUGCCGAGGCUGUGAGUUGGUGCGACGAGGGACUGCAGAUAGAUGCCAAGGAGAAGAAGCUUGUGGACACGAGGGCUAAAGCAGACAAGCUGAAGCGAACCGAGCAGAGGGAUAUAAGGAAAGCAAAAUUGAAAGAAAAGAAGGAGCAGAAUCAGAAUGAGACUUUAAUCCAGGCUGUCAAGGCUAGGAACAUCAGGUUAAUUUCUGAAGCUGCUGGUGAAGAUGAAGAUUCUGCCUCAGAAGGUUUAGGUGAGCUUUUCCUGGAUGGGCUCAUCUCUGAGAACCCCUACGGAGCCAGAAUGAGUCUGGAUGACCAGGGCAGGCUGAGCUGGCCUGUGCUCUUUCUGUACCCGGAGUAUGGCCAGUCAGACUUCAUCUCAGCCUUUCACGAGGACUCCAGGUUUAUUGAUCAUCUAAUGGUGAUGUUUGGUGAAAUGCCCUCUUGGGACUUGGAGCAAAAAUACUGCCCUGAUAAUUUAGAGCUCUACUUUGAGGAUGAGGAGAGGGCAGAACUACACCAGGUGCCUCCUGAGAGCACCCUGCUGCACACGCUGCAGCAUCCCAGGUACUCUGUAAAAGCCCUGACACCAGCAUUUUUGGUCUGUGUAGGAUCCUCUCCUUUUUGCAAGAAUUAUCUCCGGGGGAGAAGGGUGCAUCAGAUAAAGUGACCAAGCCAGGCUGUGGGGGCCAGACCCCUGGACCUCCUCCCUCACCGUCCUGUGGCCAGAGUCCAGCACACUUGAUUCAGCUCUGAGAUGCUAUUUCUCCUUGGUACAGUGCUUCUAGCAUCCAACCAGGGGAGUUGCUGCUGACUUCCCUGGACUACAGCCUCUCUGGCCACAGUGCUGAGCUCCAGCUGGUCUGCACUGUCCUCUGUUGACACAAAACUCUGUGCCUUGGUCCUGUCAUCCUUGGACUCACUAUGAGCAAGCUAUAUUACCACCAGCCUCCAUCUCAGAAGAGACCAGCUAUUGCAGUUACCAUAGCAGCUGACCCUGGUGACUAGUUGGACUGCGGAAAUUGGCUCAGGAUCCAGUGACAUGAUUCUGGACCUCUGCGGAGUUAAGAUGACUUAAGAGAAGCAACCCUUCAAAUUGCACUUAUUUACAUAAGCAAAUUGUGCAUAUAAUUUUAAGGCAUUUACAGAACUGCUGAAGGCCCAGCUAAGAGAUGCUGGCCUCCAGCUAUUUGGUUAGCACAGAGGGGAGUUGCAUGGGAUGCUAUAGAUGCCUUGGGGUGAGUACACAUUUAUAAACACCAUGCAGAUAGGUCCUUGGUAACCCUAAAGAUACUGCCAAUGCUCCUGAUCUUUGCAGGAUAGCGGUCUGUCACAGACUUGAGCAGUAGCCUCUGAAUUCCUCUCCAGUUUCCACAUCUUAGGAUUUUGGGCCUUUUAAACUGAAAAGUCUUUUUGCAUGUUGGGUGAUUGUCAUAUAGUUUUGUCUACAGCUAUCUUUGCUCCCUCUGUGUUAGAGGAUUUUGUAUGUCCUUGCCUGUAGUCACCGCCUUCUUGCAGC